CUCUUCCCGGGAAGGCAGCGCGGAGCCCAGCCCGGCUUUCUCACACCGCCGCAUCGCCCCGCCGCCCCUUCCCGUGUCGGCGCUCGCACUCCUCCCCCGCCCGCAGCGCCUGUCGGCGUCGUCGCCUCCCGGAGGCCGACCCGUCGCCGGCUGUGACAGGGGCUCCAAGCCCCUCUUCGCCUCGCCGCCCCUUCCCCUUCCCCUCUCCUGCCCGCCCCCGGGCCCUCCUCCCGUCACUGAUUCGGCGCCGGAGCCCUGGGUGCCCGAGCCCCCCUCCCCAGCCCCGGCCCCCGCCGCCACCGCGGCUCCCGAGCUGUCAGUGCGCAGGCAGCGCCGCGGCCCCGCGCACAGCCCCGCGCCGCCAACGGCCGCCAACCGCCGCCAACCGCCGCCGCGGAGCCGCCACCGCGGGGCGGCAGCAGGGGACGAUUAUUGGACUCCAAAGGCUCAUCCUAACUUGUGAUUUGAUGAUCAACCAGCAAGAACCAGCAUAUUCCCUCUUUUACCCAGAUACAAUGAUGACACUGAAGGUUCAGAUCCUGUUUGGCUUCCUUUGCUGCAUGACUUUUCUGCCUACAGAUGGCUUCCCAGCAGACACCAGUACCGAAUUUCGCUCUGCUUUCUCUGUGGCCAGAACCAGCAGCAUGGAAGGGAGCUCUGAGAUGGUCAUUACCUUUGACAAAGUGUAUGUGAACAUUGGCAAUGACUUUGAUCCCAAGACCGGGUUGUUCCGCUGUCGGAUCCCUGGAGCUUACUACUUCUCCUUCACUGUUGGGAAAUACCCAAAGAAAAAUUUGUCUGUCAUGCUGAUGAGAAACAAGAAUGAGGUGCAAGUGAUUGUGUAUGAUGAACAUCACCGCAAGGAACGGAAGGUAGCCAGCCAGAGUGCCAUGCUGCAGCUUGACUACGGUGACACAGUUUGGCUGCGUUUACACGGAGAUCCCAAGUAUGCUCUUUACAGCAAUGUGGGCCCCUAUACAACUUUCAAUGGCUACCUAAUCUAUCCAGACACUUCUGCCUUCUUCCAGAAUGCUCUUAGCUCACAAGAGCUGGGGCCACACCAUCACAGUAUUCAGCAACUUCCCGGAGAGCAGAAUGAAGCUUCACAGCGACAAGUGUUAUCUGACCAACCAAACAGGGAACAAGACCCUCGCUCUGCAUUUUCUGUUGCCCGCUCACAAAGUCUCCUGGGCACAGAUGACAAGCAAACCCAGCAUGAGCCAAUAACAUUUGACACAGAGUUUGUGAACAUUGGAAAAGAUUUCAAUUCCUCCACUGGCAUCUUCUCAUGCCGUAUACCUGGUGCAUACUAUUUCUCCUUCACCAUUGGCAAAAUGCCCUUUAAGACUAUGUCGGUGAAACUUAUGAAGAAUCACAAUGAGGUGCAGGCCAUGAUCUAUGACGACAACCACUCCAAGAGGCGGGAGAUGCAGAGCCAGAGUAUCAUGUUGCCUCUGCAAUAUGGGGACACCGUUUGGCUAUACAGUCAUCAGCACGAUGGCUAUGGUGCCUACAGCAACCAUGGCAAGUACAUCACCUUCACGGGCUUCCUGAUCUAUUCAGAGGCUCAGCCAAAGCGGCUUCCAGGUGCCAGUUCACCCCAAGGGUCAAAUAAUUAAAUGUAGAUGUGAAAGGAGCAUUAGAAAGCCAAGGUGCCAUGAACUUGGGUAUAGCUCCUCUUCGAAUAUCAUCCUCUACUUUGAGCAUGCUAUCAUGUGUCCAGUGCUUUCCUUACGCUGCACGCUUGUGCCCUGCCUGCAGGACCACCGCUGUGUCUGCUGUUCAUCCAUAGAAAGGUCUUUACAGGUUAUAUGUAUGUGUCCUGUGUUGGUGUUUGAUUUAAGCAUAAAGCAUGAGGUAGUUUUGGGGCAGGGGUGGGCCAGUGUAGUGAGAUGCUGGGGAUCAGAGAACUACUGUAAUGUUGCUGCAGAUGCCCAGCAUCCAGAACACAAAGGGUGUGGUGACUUUCCUUGCAUAUCUGGGGAGGGAAUAAAUGUAAUGAAAAUGAAUGUAAUAAAAAUACAAAAGACGUGAAA